AUGCAAACCAUGGACCCGCUUGACCCUCACAGACGAUUCCAAGUCGAUGAAUUUACAUAUUUGACACUGAAUAAGACGUCCCUCAAAAUAAACGGUCCUAAAUCAGAUGAGAUUGAUUUCUACAACAUAUUGAAUGUCAACAUCUCGCAAGAUGCGCUCACAAUAACCUAUGUCGAUAAGCUUGGCGCCAAAAAUGAGCCCGUCAAUGCUCUACAAUAUCCAGUUUCUGCAGAUCAAAAAGAUCAAGCUGCAUCGUGGGCGAAACAUGUUCUUCAACUUGCAUACGGCUCAGUGCAGCGUUCUAAGAGAUUGAAGGUUCUCGUAAAUCCAUUUUGCAGCUCUGCAUUAUCCAAAUACCGUACUUUCGCCGCUCCAAUAUUCGCCGCAGCUCAUUGUGAAGUUGAUGUCGAGGAGACCCGCUACAGAGGCCAUGCCGGCGAGAUCGCCGAAACGAUCCCUCUCGAUACAUAUGAUGCCAUCGUGUGUUGCUCCGGCGACGGUUUGCCUCACGAGGUGUUCAACGGACUUGCAAGACGAAAAGAUCCCCUCAAUGCAUUGUCAGGUAUGGCGGUAGCUAUGUUUCCUUGUGGUUCUGGAAAUGCAAUGGCGUGGAACCUCUUCGGCACCGACGAUCCCUCGCUAGCAGCUUUGGGGAUCGUGAAGGGGUUAGAAAUGCCAUUGGAUCUUGUCUCAGUCACUCAAGGAGAUUCCCAUGCCGUGUCAUUCCUUUCCCAAGCAAUGGGCGUUCUGGCGGAUUGCGAUUUGAAAACUGAACAUCUGCGAUGGGCGGGAGAUGCACGUUUUCUCUACGGUGUCCUAUUGACAAUCGCUCGAAACACCAAAUACCCCUGCCAGCUUGCCUUCAAGCCCACUGUGGAAGGAAAGAAAUCAACAGAGACGCCCUCCGGAAAAGCUAGCCAGCAGCUCCCAUCUUUACCUCUCAAAUAUGGCACCGUCCAAGAUGACAUUCCAGAGGAUUGGGAAAUUGUGCCCCAUGAACGCCUCGCCAGCUUCUACACCGGGAACAUGAGCAUUGUCGCCAAAGAUACGAACUUUUUCCCAGACGCGUUACCGAAUGACGGGCUUUUAGACAUUAUGGUCAUUGAUGAUACUAUCAGCUGGGCACAUUCCCUUGAAGCAAUCAUCAAGCUUCCACAGGGCAAAUGCCACGACCUCAAGGAUGUUGAAAUGAGAAAAGUGGCAGCAUAUCGACUGACAACAUGGAAGCCGGAUGGAGAUAUCAGCGUGGAUGGCGAGCGGUAUCCAUUUGAAGCAUUUCAGGUAGAAGUUCACCAAGGCCUGGGUCGGGUACUCUCGAAGUCGGCAGAUUCAUACCAAAAAGUGGGUGUAUGA